AUGGUUAUAACGGUACCGUCUUUAGAUGAUGGGAGUGGGAGCAAUAGUAUAAAUUCCACCUCUAUCCUUCCGAUGACUCAAGAACAGAAAGAUUGGUUGUUAGCUAUCGUUGACUGUGAUCAACCGAAAAUGACAAGAAUGCUUAAUCAACACCCUGAAUUAGCUGUAUGGAAGACUAGUAUCAAUGGCUAUACUGCACUACAUUAUGCAGCUAAAUAUGGAGAUUGUGCUGCUAUCCGAUUGUUACUUGGAAAUUACCAUGUUCAAGUUGAUGCUCAGUCAUGUGAGGGUAUGACUCCUUUACAUUUGGCCGCUGCCAACGGGAAUGAAGAUGUUAUAUUCUUAUUAACUUCCGUGUACAAAGCUAGAACUGAUAUACGAGAUUUUUGUGGACGGUUACCAAGCACUUAUCUGCCUAAAGAAAAGGAGGCAUUAGCAAAAUACCUUCCGAAUCCUUUGCGCGUCCUAUUGCAAAAUUGUAAUAAUUAUUUAUAUUUGUUAGUGAGCCAACCAGAAACAAACCGAUUGCCAUCUGAUCCUGUUUCAAACGAAGAUAAUAGUAAUAAUGAGUGUAGUAGUGAUUGUGGGUUAGUGAAUAAUCUUAAUGCUCUACCUCCUACACCAAUUAAUUCUCAUUUUCCAUGGAGUCAAAGUAAUCAAAACUGCACAGAAGAAUCGCGUCGACAAUCAUCUCUUUCGCAAGGCCUAGGUUCAUUUCGUAGCGGGAAACGUGAUUCUUCAAGAGAUAGGCAUAGAAUGUACAAAACCCUACCAUCUGGAGUGGUCAAUAAAAUAAUGUGCUUUCCACUAGUUGACUUGAAAUUCGUAAAUACGGGUUCCAGAAUUCCUACAGUCAAGUUAAAAUUUGAUGAUCCAAAACGAAUUUUCGAUUCAAAUUUUCGGUAUGAUGAUGUAAAACUCAUCCAAAAUGUAUACACACAUAUUCGUCAGAGGCGUAAAAGAGCCUCAUUUUAUUAUAAUCCAUGUAAUCCUGAGAGUACUAAAUCAUCGGAACCAAAUGUAAGAGAUAAUACUAGCCGCUUAGGACCAUCAAAUUUACGUUCAACUAUUGGUCGUCAAUUAAAGCGCCACAUAUAUAAUGCUCGCAGUGCGAUGUCGGCGACGCAAAACAAUGAACUAACUGAACAUGUAAACAAUAAUAAUGGUAGUGAUGAUGACGAUGAAUUUACUGAUCCACCAACUCCAACAAAUGAACUGGAUGAUGAAGAGAAACAAUAA